AUGUCGUGGACAAGGGGUCCCACAAUCGGCCGGGGCUCCUCCGCCGUGGUCUCCCUAGCCACCGCCGCCGACGGCCAAAUCUUCGCCGUCAAGUCCGCCAAUCUCUCAACAUCCGCCUCCUUACAGAAAGAGGAGGCUCUGCUUUCCCACCUCUGCUCCCCUUACAUCGUCAAGUGCUUGGGCUCCGACAAAACGCGCGAAAACGGCAAGCGCGUGUUCAAUCUCUUCCUUGAGUACGUCCCCGGCGGCACGCUCUCCGAUCACAUCAGAAAACGCGGUGGGGCCCUCGCGGAGACCGCGAUUCGCGCCCACGCGCGCCAUAUCCUGCUGGGGCUGUGCUACCUCCACCGGGAGGGGCUCGCCCACUGCGACAUCAAGGGCCAGAACAUCCUCUUCGGCGACGGCGGCGGGCUCAAAAUCGCCGACUUCGGGUGCGCGAGGCGGGUCGGCCCCGGCCCCGGGUCGUUCUCCGGCACGCCGGCGUACAUGGCGCCGGAGGUCGCCCGCGGCGAGGAGCAGGGCUUCGCGGCGGACGUGUGGGCCUUCGGAUGCACGGUCGUCGAGAUGGGCACCGGAUCCGGUCCCUGGCCGGAGAUGAAGGACCCCGCGGCGGCGCUUUACAGGAUCGCGUUCUCGGACGACUCGCCGGUGGUGCCCGGCGGAUUUUCCGAUGCGGCCAGGGACAUGCUCGCUAGGUGUUUGAUGAGGGAUCCGAGAGAGAGGUGGUCGGCGGCUCAGCUUUUGCAGCACCCGUUUUUUGAUUCCGGCGAGGAGGAAGAGAUUGGCCUGAUAAGAAAAUCGCCGACUAGUGUGAUAAUUGAUCGGGGGAUUUGGGAUUCUUUUGGGGAAAGUCCCGGUGAAGUUGAAUCGAAUUCGGAUUCUCCAAGGGAGAGGGUUCGGGCUUUGGUGGGAGAUGAUUUUCCGGGCUGGGCCCAAGGUGAAGAUUGGAUCACGGUGAGGGAAGAAGUUCAAAAUUCCCAAGAUUUAUUCCAAAAUUCUCAAGAUUUGGGUUGUGAGUCGUGA